AUCACGUAAGUAAUUGUGGUUUAAUGGAAGAUGACAAAACUAAUAAUAAGGGGUUCCAUGUUCAAAUCAUAGCUAUAACAUAAACUAAUAUCCCUAUUUUUUGAUGUUCUAGUCCUAAUCUAAGGGUGUGCCAUGGAACACUCUAAUUAUAAGCUAUCUCCGCCCCUGGUGGUGGCGGAGGUAACCUUUGAGGAGAGAGCUCUUAGGACCCCGCUUAGUAAAACUAAAAAGUUGGGUACCAAAAUCCUUUUAAAUAUAUGUGACACUUCACCCUCAAAAAAUUGAGUACCAAAAUCCGUUAAAAACAUUGUUGCUUCUUCGGUUGACGGGUACCAAAAUUCAUUAAGGUGUCGUUUGGAGAAUAUGAUUAAGGACAUGGAUUCACUGAAUCUGUAAAUUUUGUAGAAAGUUAUGUUUUUUUGUUGCUUUUUGUAUUGUGGAUUCUAACUUUAGAGAUUUCAGAUAUCUGAAAUCUGCGGAUAUCAAAUCUCUCAUAAUCAGAGAGAUUCUAUAUCUUGAUUCGUGAGAUUUUUUCUCUCCUAAUUUUUCUCUUCCUUUUAUUUGUUUAUCACAUGAAAUAUAUUUAUCAACAAAGUUUUUAAUAUUUCUCGAACCACUCUAAUUUUUUUAUUAAGGAUAAACAUGGUAUUUAAUAUAAUAUUAAUUUUUUAUUGUAUUUGAAUGUUAACAAUCACAAUUACCAAACAAUAAACAUUUUAAAAUUUAUUUUCAACAAUCCGAAGAGUUAGAAUCUUUAGAUUGUUGAUAAUUUGUAAAUUUAAUUCAUAUUCUCCAACCGACCCUUCAUUUUAGGGACAAAUUUAAGGUCUAAUGAUAAAAUCAGGGACAGGACCACAAAGAAUUUUGAUAGAGCUCUAAUUAAAAAUGUAUUUACUCGAAAUAGAAUGAAAUUAUAUUUUUCAAGAAAUUUCUGUGUGGGAAUCAACGGUUCAAACGGCCUCCAAGGCCCAAAGAAAGAAGCCCAUAAAGGCUAAAAGCUGUUAAAUUUUGCGCCACAAGAAAAACAGGACGGAACUCUCUGCAAUACUUUGGCGUCGAUUAUUCCAAACAUUUCUACGGAAAUUUCUUUGGAUUUCAUUUCACGCGAUCGGAGAAGAUAUGACUACUUGCUUCUGCUGCGGCAGUAACACCAUGCUGCCGGCGACGGCGGCUAAAUCGCCGAACACCAUGAGCUCCACCUCUUCUUCAUUCAUCGACAGAUCGCCGGUCAACCUAUUGCGACCCAGGAAGGUUCCAUCUAGGGUUUUCAGAGUCAGUGCUUCCGCUGCUGUGGAUUCAUACGGGAGCUCUCCUGAUUUCAUCAAGCGCAUGGAGCAGGCUUGGCUGAUCUCUAAGCAACCGAGGCCGGUGGCCUGUUCGUCAUGCGACUCAAAUGGCCAUGUGGAAUGCAAAUGGUGUGGAGGAACUGGUUUCUUCAUUCUUGGUGAUAACAUGCUGUGCCAAGUCCCGUCAAGAAACACCGGAUGUGUUAUCUGCACUGGAAAUGGAUCCAUGCGAUGCCGGGACUGUAAGGGAACUGGGUUUCGUGCCAAGUGGUUAGGGGAGCCUCCUAUCCCCCACCCAAGUAACGGUUGAUCAUAGCAGCUGCAGCACGACAAGACACAAAGCUUCACCGUUCUGUUCUGUAUGCGAUUGAGUGAAUUAGCCUCUUGAUUUGCCCUUGCAUACUGCAUUGUGCUUGAUGCAAUCCUCGGUACGUAAGGAAGGCUUCAGAUCGUAUCAGUGGUCGUCUCUACACUAAUUUACUUAACACCCAUUAUAGAAAAACGGUCAGACCACACGGUGGAAUUGUAUAUUUGGAUCUGUAAUCCUGGCUCAUUUAUAUACUAUGCAUUCAUCAUUCGAUUUCAAUGCCUAUUCAUUUCCUGGUACUCUAUCGGAUUGGAAGGUGCAGCGGAUGAAAUUUCGUCCCAGAAGCUUUCUGCUAGCCCUAUGUCCAGUGUGUAGUGGUGCCUGCAAGUUUGAUGUCUGGUCUAGGGUUAUUCAUGAUGGCAUGUUCUUUCAAGGCUCCCUGCCCUACUAGCUGGAUUACUACUUACACAGGGCAAGGUAGACCUAAUAACCUAUGCAGCAGAAUCGAUUGACUUGUUGGCUUAUGCGAAAGAACUAGAAAGGGCACGUCUUUCAGGAAUGCUCGAUGACACUGAACAAAUGAGUAACUUGGCAACUCUUCGAGUUAGCUCAUUUGCUGUUUAGCUAGCCAAGAAAAUGGAUUCAAGGAC